GCUCCGCUCCUUCUGCUUUUCAAAAACUACCUGCCCUGCGAACUGCGGCCACUCCUUCAACUGCAAUCCACAUGCUUAACUGCAUUACACGAUUUCAAUAGUUUAUACCCAGUGGAAAUUGCACUGCCUAUACUUUUCCCUACAUACAUACCAUUUUUUCUAAGGAUCGCGUUAUUUAACGAUGCUAUCGCGUAUACUUCAAAGCAUUAAUACCAAUGUACGCGAACUUAGAGGCAGACAACAAUCUCCACUUAGUCCAAUAUCAGCAAAAGCGGUGAGUGCUGACGAGAAGGACCACGAUCCAGGCGUUCCACUUGUUCAAGAAUCAAAAAGCACAGAAAUCUUGGCGGUGGCAGGGGAUAAUAAGUCGCGCCAAUUGCUAUUCUGUGGAGGAGAUUUACCGGUGCCUGCUAAGCAACGUGCUGUCACGACAUAUUGUGAAAAGGGUGCGGUUCAUCUGGAGAAAACUGUGGAAUUAUGCCUCAAAGCUAAUUCUCUGAAUGAUCCUUUAACGAGAUCAUCAAGCAAGCUGUCCAGAACGGUGCAUUUAGCAAAACACAAAUCAACGGUUCUCCAUGUUGGAGUGCGACAGAUUGACCGUAAACGAAAAUUGAGUAAUCAGCCUGCACUGGAUACUCGGAAAAAGCAUCGGAAAGACAUUGAAACGCAAGUGACAGACAAUAUUAUCAGCAUUGGAAAUGGAAAUACCAAAAGCAGGCAGUCUCGAAGAAGAUGGUGCCGUCGCUGUGGUACUAUUGAAACUUGUCGAUGGCGAACAUCGCCAGCCGGAUCUCAAACGGCUUGCAAUGCAUGCUAUCUGAUGGUCAAAGGAAAGAGUUUACCUGAUACAGAGUUUGAGAACUUUCUUAUAUACCCUUUGGAAACUUUGAAAAUUAGUGUCCAGUCUGGAGAACAUAUCAAAAAAUCUCAAAAAGCCAACAUGCAAAAUACUAAGCAGUUGUAUGCCAAGAAUGCAAACAAGACGUCAUCCGCGAGUUUGUAUGAAAAAACUGCAGUGAUUAACAACAACAAGAAACUCACUGUAGAAGCGACAGCUAUGCAAUGUGCUAAUAUACAGUGUCGUACCAAGAUCACACUGGUAUGGCGAAGAGGUCCUGAUGGAGUUAAAUGCUUAUGUAACAGAUGUGGCCUUCGGUGGGCGAACGACAGAUUACCAAAAGAUCAGAUUGUGCCUGUUAAUUUUAUUCCAGAUAAAACCUGUGCUCAUCUAAGCCUGAAAGAGCUUAGUGUUUCAUCACUCUCUCAGGCCGAAAGACCAAAUCCUUACGUUAAGAUUCGGUCCAACAUUUUUGUUGAGCGAAAACAUACCAGACACAACCGGAAAAGCCCUGUGUGUCAAUGUACAAUACCAGUGGAUGGAUCUCUUGGAUGCAGUGAAGACUGUCUCAACAGAAUGAUGUUUUAUGAAUGCGACGUACAGACGUGCCCGUGUGGUAAACUAUGCUCUAAUCAACGCUUCCAGCAUAAAGAGGAGGUCAAUGACCUAAACGUGUUCUGGACAAAUAGACGUGGCUGGGGGCUCCAAACUCUGACUGACAUAAAAGUUGGCCAGCUGAUUGCCGAAUAUCGUGGUGAAAUAAUAUCGCAAAAGCUAUGCGAGGAGCGACUACGUACGGUAUACAAGGACACAAACAAUUUUUAUUUUCUGGACUACCAAAAUGGCGAAGUUAUCGAUGCUGCUGCUAAAGGUUCGGAUGCACGAUUUGUGAAUCACAGCUGCGACCCAAAUUGCCAUAUAGAAAAAUGGGCGAUUGGAGGGGAAGUGUGUGUUGGAAUAUUUGCUUCUCAAGACAUUUCAGCAGGCUCAGAACUAUUUUAUGAUUACAAUUACACUCUAAUUGGUAGUGGCGUAAGCCAAAAAUGUCGAUGUGAAUCCACCAAGUGCCGAGGCUAUAUGGGCAGGAAAGCUAGCGUGAGAGAGCAUUCUUCCAAAUGAUAUGACGAAUCAUGCAGACUAUGCAAAAAGAAAUUUCUAAAUUAAUCUUCUGCACAAGACAAUGUUUGACGUGAUCAUCAGAGCUCCUUAUAAUCACCACGGAACUUAGAGGCGUUCCUGACAUUCCAACAUAGU